AUGCGAGAGACCACUCGAGUGACGUCGCGUUCGUCCUGGCCAAUCAAGUCGCACUCAAGUCCUCAGUGCGCUCCUCAAGUCCAUCCUCGGAGCUCCUCCUCACUCGUGAUUGUCCGGAAGAGCAUCAGCACUCGCCCUUGUCCCGCUAUCAGUGCGUUAGUGCGAGCCAAAGAUGUGGCAAAGGAUAAGAUCCUCGAGACGCCAGUGCUUAGAUCCAUUGCGGUCUCUGGUCGAGGCUACACUAGUGUGUGA